ACCGAGGCGGCAAGCCGGCCGACGGAGCCGGCGCGGGCGGGCUGCUGAGGUGGCUGUCCCCCGCUCCAAGCUGCGGCUUCCCGGGUCGAGCCCCUCAUGGAGGCCGAAGCCGCCGAUGCCCCUCCGGGUCGGGUGGAGGCGGCGCUCAGCUGCUUCUCUUUCAACCAAGACUGCACGUCCCUAGCAAUCGGAACCAAGGCCGGCUACAAGCUGUUUUCUUUGAGUUCUGUGGAGCAACUUGACCAAGUCCAUGGAAGCAAUGAAAUCCCCGACGUGUACAUUGUGGAGCGCCUCUUCUCCAGCAGCCUGGUGGUGGUGGUCAGUCACACAAAACCUCGGCAGAUGAACGUGUACCACUUCAAGAAAGGCACUGAGAUCUGUAAUUACAGCUACUCCAGCAACAUUUUGUCCAUACGGCUGAACCGGCAGAGGCUGCUGGUCUGCCUGGAAGAAUCCAUCUAUAUCCACAACAUUAAAGAUAUGAAGCUAUUGAAGACCCUCCUGGACAUCCCCUCAAACCCAACAGGUCUAUGUGCCCUCUCUAUCAACCAUUCCAACUCCUACCUGGCAUAUCCUGGAAGCCAGACUACAGGAGAGAUUGUUCUCUAUGAUGGAAACUCCCUGAAAACAGUGUGCACCAUCGCUGCCCACGAGGGAACACUGGCCGCCAUCACCUUCAACUCCUCGGGCUCCAAACUAGCAAGUGCGUCUGAGAAAGGCACCGUCAUCCGAGUGUUCUCUGUACCUGAUGGGCAAAAGCUCUAUGAGUUUCGUCGAGGAAUGAAAAGGUAUGUGACAAUCAGCUCUCUAGUGUUCAGUAUGGACUCGCAGUUCCUGUGUGCCUCCAGCAACACGGAGACCGUGCACAUCUUCAAGCUGGAGCACCUGACUGACAGCCGCCCAGAAGAGCCUUCCACCUGGAGUGGCUACAUGGGAAAGAUGUUCAUGGCAGCUACCAACUACCUCCCCGCCCAGGUGUCGGACAUGAUGAACCAGGACAGGGCUUUCGCCACAGGACGCCUGAACUUCUCUGGGCAGAAGAACAUCUGUACCCUGUCCACGAUCCAAAAACUGCCGCGACUGCUAGUGGCCUCCUCCGAUGGACACCUUUACAUCUACAAUCUGGACCCUCAGGAUGGAGGAGAGUGCGUCUUAAUCAAAACCCACAGGUGUUCUGGAGAUGCGCUGCUGAUUCUUCUGUUCUUCCUCUCCCUAAUUGCUGCAAGUAGUUUGCUCAGCUCAGGAACAACAGAAGACAACAAAGAGAACGACCUCAGGCCUUCCUUACCUCCGUCUUAUGCAGCAACUGUAGCAAGGCCCAGCACGUCCGCAGCCUCCACUGUGCCAGGUUACUCUGAGGACGGUGGGGCGCUCCGAGGAGAAGUUAUUCCGGAACACGAAUUUGCAACGGGACCAGUGUGUCUUGACGAUGAGAAUGAGUUUCCCCCUAUAAUCUUGUGCCGCGGAAGUCAGAAGGGCAAAACGAAGCAGUCCUGACAAGAAGCGCACCCCAGAAGUCAGGACACCCUGUCGGGUGGUUCUGGAGAGAACAAGGACAGUGGAAGAAACGGAGUGCAAUCACUUGUGUGAGCAGAGAGGGAAGGGAGGCAGGAAUCCUGGGUGCCUCGCUGCCUGAGCCAUAGACCAUGGUUAGCCCCCCACCCAGCCCCCUCAGCCUUGGCUGCCAGUGGGUGAGGAGAAUGUUGGAGUCACAUCAUGCUAUUUAAAAUACCUUCAAACCAGUGUAAAUGCUAACUAACCAUAUUGGUAUAUAACCGGGAUUUUAUAUUAAAAAGGACGUCCUUGUCAAAUAUAUGCUGUGUAAAAAAAAAAAAAAAUGUACUUAGUGGGAAAUCCCUUUGAAUUGUGUUUCUUGUAUAUUACAGACAUAGAGAGAGAAACUAUUUUAACCAGGCAAAGUAUUUUUGCAGUGAUUGGAAUAAAUCGUUUAUUACCCUUGAGUCCCAUUCAGGACACUAAUUAAAUAAAAUCAUGGCAAUGCA